AUGGCGUUUGAUGGUACUUGGAAGGUAGACCGGAGUGAGAACUCUGACGAGUUCUUGGAAAAAAUGGGUCUUGAUACAAUGAAAAGGAAGCUUGCAGCUCAUGACAAUUUGAAGCUGACAAUUACACAAGAAGGAACAAAAUUCACGGUCAAAGAAUCAAGCAGUUUUCGAAAAAGUGAAAUUGUUUUUGAGCUUGGUGUCACUUUUAAUUACAAGCUAGGAGACGGAACUGAAGUCAGCGGGAGUUGGAACGCAGAGGGAAAUAAACACGUUGGAAAAUUCAAACGGUUAGACAACGGAAAUGAACUGACUGUCAUCCGAGAAAUCAUAGGUGGUGAAAUGGUCCAAACUUACAUAUACGAAGGAGUAGAAGCCAAGAGGAUCUUCAAAAAGGAGUGA